AAGCGGAAGUUGCGGAGGCUAAACCUGUAACCACCAGCAAGCUAGCUGUAAUCUUGAGCCGCCCUAAACGUUGAAAGGGGAAAUAACAGCAGCAGGCGCGCAUAUUAUUUUAUAUCUACUGUUAUUGCAAAUUUUUUUCAGAUAUACGACUUAGAUGUGCACCGUCACCCGCUUUUACAAUCGCAAACGGUCAAGGCAAGUAGUCGUGGUCGACAGUCCUGGAAGCAUGUCUACGUUUGACAGCAUGCUAACGAACACUCCGCCCGCAUCGUUCUAGGGGAGCUAACGAGUUAGCCAUCCGCUGCAACGUUAGCGGCGGACUGGCCUCGAGACGCUCGACACCGACAGCUAAUUAACGGCGCACAUUUCUCCGGCGUCGGAGCCAGUGUCGGACGUGCCGCGAAAAACAGUCGGUCCGCUUUUAACUCGAUGCGGACGGGGACCAGACGACAAUGUAGUCAGACCCGCCGACUCGAGGUCGCUGAUCCAGAGUUGAGCCUGUGUGCUCGCUAAGCGAAUACGCGUUUAUGUGCGCGCGAGAUCAAAUUAACUCGGCUUUUUUUCUAUCGUCGUUACUGCAAGAGGAGUCGGCGACGCCAGCCUUUGCUAGCUAGUCGCGCGGGUGCGAGAAGUAUCGACCUAAAGCGGCCGAGCAGACCAUGACGGACCCCCUCUGCAGCUACGUUAGCCAGCAACACCGCAGCUAACGUUAGCCACAGAACUGGCUCGUCAGGUGGCUAAUGUCGGCUCACUGCUCCGAUUAAGCCGAGACUCAAACCGAAGAAAGCCCCUGAGCUAAACAUGGCCUCAGAGGAGUCAUCGCUGCGUGCACUGGAGAGCCUUAUGACGGAGUUCUUUCACAGCUGCACGACCAAUGAGCGAAAGAGGGAGAUAGAAGAGCUGCUGAAUAACUUUGCGCAGCAGACUGGAGCGUGGCGGCACUGCUUGUUCUUCCUUUCAAAUACUCGGAAUGAGUAUGUCAUGAUGUACAGCCUCACAGUAUUUGAAAACCUGGUGAACAAAAUGUGGAUCGGCAUUGCCUCACAAGACAAGAUGGAGAUUCGCAGCUGUCUGCCCAAACUCCUGCUUGCGCAGCACAAAUCGGUGCCCUAUUUCAUCCGUAACAAACUCUGCAAAGUCAUUGUGGACAUUGGUCGCCAGGACUGGCCAAUGUUCUACCAUGAUUUCUUCACAAACACCCUUCAGUUGAUCCAGUCCCCAGCUCUGGCGCAGUUGGGUUUGGUGAUGUUAAAAACCACAUCAGAGGAACUUGCAUGUCCCCGAGAAGAUCUGAGCGUCGCCAGGAAGGACGAGCUGCGUAAACUGCUGCUGGACCAGGUACCAACUGUACUUGGACUGUUGACGGGUAUCCUGGAGACCUACUGGGACAAGCACAGUGUCAUAGCUUCCACCCCGCCUCCCUCACCCACCUCAGGGGAAAGUAUGGAAUUGCUGGGCAGUUUGUUUCAGGGCAGCCAGUACUCAAAGCUGCUAUGCCAGCCGAUGGCCGCAUUGGACAGUGACAGUCAACAGCUCUGUUGUCUUGUUUUGGAGUGUCUGGCCCACCUGUUCAGCUGGAUCCCCCUGUCCACAAGCAUCACACCGACCCUGCUGGCAUCCAUUUUUCAUUUUGCACGUUUCGGUUGUGAUCUUCAUACAAAGGCCAAGACAGGAUCCUUCAUCUCCUCCAACUCCUCCUCUUCUAAUGGGCAACUCAACCCUGGGACGAUGGCGCCAACAUCAAACGGAGGAGGGCAAAACGGACAACAGUGUGAGGGCAGCAAGGUGGACCGUGCCCGGCUCGGUGUACUCGCCAUGACCUGUGUGAAUGAACUUGUGUCAAAGAACUGUGUGCCACUGGAUUUUGAGGAGUACCUGCUGCGUAUGUUCCAGCAGACUUUCUUCCUCCUGCAGAGGCUGACACGAGAGAAUAAUGCUCACACGGUCAAGAACCGCCUACAGGAGCUUGAUGAGAGUUACUUGGAGAAGUUCACAGAUUUCCUGCGCCUGUUUGUCAGUGUUCACUUGAGGCGGAUUGAGUCCAGUCCUCAGUUUCCCAUUGUAGAGUUUCUUUCCCUUUUUUUCAAAUACACCUUCAACCAGCCAACCCACGAAGGGUACUUUGCCUGCCUGGAUAUUUGGAGUGUGUUUUUGGAUUUUCUAACAACCAAAAUCAAAAGCAGACUAGCGGACAGAGACAGUGUCCUGAAUAGGUACAAAGAUGCCCUCGUUCUUUUGUUAAGGGAAGUUCUGAAUCGCAUACAGUUCAGAUACAAUCAGGCCCAGUUGGAAGAGCUGGAUGAUGAAACUCUGGAUGAUGAUAAACAGACCGAGUGGCAAAAGUACCUGCGUCAGAGUUUGGAGGUGGUUGCCAAGGUGAUGGAGCUGCUCCCAUCACAUGCAUUUACUACUUUGUUUCCAGUGCUUCAAGAAAAUCUGGACGUAUAUCUGGGUUUGCAGCAGUUUAUUGUCACCACUGGCACAAGUCGGAGGCUCAAUAUCAGUGCGGAGAACGACUGCCGCCGACUUCACUGUUCUCUCAGGGACCUCAGUUCCCUCCUUCAAGCUGUCGGACGCUUGGCUGAGCAUUUUAUCGGGGAAGUUUUUGCUGCACGUUUCAAUGACGCCCUGGCAGUGGUGGAGAGGUUGGUUGAAGUGACUUGUUACGGCUCUCAGACCAGCCUUUACGACCUGGAGACCGCUGUGCCUUCUGUCCUCAAGCCAGACCUCACAGACGUACAUGCACAGGCCCUCGCUGCUUUGCAAGCCUACUCUCAUUGGCUCGCACAGUUCUACAGUGAAGUCCACAGUCAAAACCAGAGCCAGUUCAUCAACCUCAUCACAUCUACAAUCGAUGCCAGCAGCCCACUCAUCACUGCUAAGGUACCGGAAAAGUUGCUGCUGUCAUCGUGCCAUCUGAUGGUUUCCAUCACAUCUACUGUGCGACCUGUGUUCUUGGUCACUUUGCCAGCUGUUCAGAACAUCUUCAACCUCAUAACUACAGAGCACCGGACACGCAGACUUCCCCAAGAGGCUCACAUGUUGGUGUGUAGGGCCUUAUCCAACAUGCUACUGCUCCCAUGGCCGAAUCUACCAGAGAGUGAGCAGCAGUGGCAAACACGAUCCAGCAACCAUGUCAGUCUGCUGGCAGCCCUCACGCGAGAAUAUCGUAUUUUAAGAGGGACAGUGAACAUUACUCCACGGCAACCUGCUCUUGACCACAUGAAAGCAGUGAUACAGCAGACCCUGCCAGUGCUCCGAGACAUGGUGGACAGCAUUUCUGGGGAAUCCACGAAAUCACGGCAGAUCUGUUACCAGAGUCUUCAAGAGUCUGUCCAAGUGUCCCUCAGCCUUUUCCCAGUGUUUAUUCAGCAACCAGAUGUGACAGAUGAGAUGCUGGCCUUCUUCUUGACGCUGUUUCAGGCGUUGCGAGUCCAGAUGGGUGUUGCAUUCACUGAACAGAUCAUCCAUACUUUCCUCAGCAUGUUCACCAGGGAACAGCUGGCAGCCAGUAUUUUGCAAGAAGGCAGUGCAGGGUGUCGAGUGGUACAGAAGUUCCUGAAAAUCCUGCAGGUGGUGGUGCAAGAGCCUGGUCAAGCUUUCAAGCCCUUCCUACCCAGCAUCCUCUCUCUGUGCAUGGAGCAGGUUUACCCGGUGUUGGCAGAGCGGUCUUCCCCUGACGUCAAGGCAGAGAUGUUUGAGUUGCUAUACCAAAUACUUCACCAAAAUUGGAGGUACUUUUUUAAAACGUCAGUCUUAACAAGUGUCCAAAGAGGAGCUGCUGAAGAUACAAUGGAAAAUGAAGCCCAGUUCACAGCUGCCAUGCAGGCUCUUGGACAGUCUUUCCUGCAGCCUGACAUCCACAUCUUCAAGCAGAAUCUCUCCUAUCUGGAGUCGCUCAACAGCAAGCACAAGUUGUAUCACAGAAAGCUUUUCCGGACCUCGAUGCUCUUCCACUUCAUCAACGUGCUGCUGCAGGUCCUUCUCCACAAAAGCCACGACCUUCUUCAGGAGGAAAUCACCCUCGCUAUUUACAACUUGGCCUCUGUGGACUUUGAUGCCUUCUACUCGGCCUUCAUGCCAGAGUUCCUCAACAACUGCCAGGGUGUAGACAGCGGCCAGCGAUCUGUUCUUGCACGCAACUUCAAGCUUGAACAGGACCUGCCCUCGUUCACUCAGAGCGUCCAGCGGCUGGUGAAUGACCUCCGCUACUACAGACUGUGUAACAGUAGCCUGCCCACUGGCACCAUCAAGCUCUAGCACAAUGACUGAACCACUCCACACAUCAACUAUGAUCUUCAAAGACUGCCUGUGCUGACCACUUUGCCCCAACACUCCCCUUUCCAACUCGGCAUCACUGCACCUAUUCCGAGCGAUUGGAUGGAACAACAUGCGUUUCAUGGUUGAGUAACUGGAGGUUGAGGAUGCUGCUGAAGUUUGUCUUUGAUUUCUACUGUAGAAGGUUGGUGUAUUAUUAUUUUUAAAAAGCAGUGCCCUCCUUAUGUAUUGCCAAUGAUAACUUGGCAAGAAAAUGUAAACCCGGUCUGCAGUUCGCCCAGACCUGGAGCAGUCUGAGCCAGGCCUUGUUUCCCAUGCCUCUGCAACAAAGCCGGGCUGGGACUGAGCACUUUCAACUCAUUUUGAGUUUUUAAAAUGUCUGCUUUUAAUAAUUUUGCCUUCAAAUUUUUGUUUUCAUCUCCAAAGGAGACGGACUCUCAACUUAAGGUCUUUCAUAUCAUUCCAUUCUGAAAAAGAGAAAACCUGCUUGAUUAAAUAAAGUGCUUUUUUAGUAAAA